AGACAGAGUUGGUGAGGUCGCAGAUCAGUUCGCCAGUUUCUAUCAGUGUGCCCGUUUGGUGCAGCAUUUUGUUCCAUGAGAAUGAACUGACUUACUGCUGAGGCAGCCAGGCUAGCGGCGAAUGGGUUUACCAGAGGCGGCAAUGGAGGGUAGUUCCCGGUCGCGGGGAGCCAGUACUAUUGGCUGUAGACCUAGCCCUCCUGAUGAUAUGGAUUUUAUAGCUAGCAUUAAUGCUAAGUUCAAGCGUGAUUCCGAGCGUAUGCUUUCGCUUCCGCGUUCAGAUGGAAAGAGUUUGGCAGCUAUCGGCGAGGGCGAACGUGUUCGCCCAGUGUCAUCUAGCAGCAUUAGCUCCGGUAUGUCGUCAGAAGGCACAGGCUUUCUUGAUUUGCCGCCAUCAGCAGGAGCUGCUGCUGCUUUGCGUCCGGCAUCUAGGUCAAGCGCGACCGCCGCCGAGUCACGGGAGCAGAGCAGUGAGCAGUCACCGCGGCCGAUGAUCUCUCGCAUACCAGGCUCACGGAAUAGGACUUUCGACAGUUGGCGCUACGAAGGGAGUUUCAACCCGGUCCAAGACGUACUACUAAGUAUCAUAGCGCCUAACGGUGGAUACUGUUGCCUCAACAACUUUCAAGGAGAGCGUUGUUGGUGUGGCGGAGACCUAGCAUUGCGUCCCCGACCAGAUCGCCCUUCGUUCGUACCAAGUUGGGGCCCAACGUUCUGUGUGUUUUGCAAGAACAAUCAGGCUCCAGCACCACUCUACAAUGCCCACCGAAUAAAGGACUCGAGAGGUUGGGUAACCUGCCCAGUGUUGUCUUCCUACACCUGCCCAUUAUGUGGAGCGAUGGGCCGAAACGGACAUACCAUCAAGUAUUGUUCAAGAAACACUGCACCUGAAGCUUUACAAGCGCAGGCUGCGGCCAAUCGCCGAAUUUCUCCCCAGAACCGCCAAUACCAUCGAGGAUCAUACUUCAAUGGCAACGGAACUGUCCGUCAAACCAAUGGCGAAUGGAGUAGAGAGAUAAGUCCACAAAUCCCUAACCAUCGCCGAGUAGGUCCGGGAAGGAGCUUCCAAGAACAGAAUGACGGCGUGAACACUCAUGGCCACCCCAGGCACUACACAGGGCCAUUUCAGAACGGCGGUCGCCAAAGCCAGCGUCCUCGAGAACGCCAGUACAGCAGUCAAUCGUCGUCGACGAACGGCGUCGAUCUUCGCUCUCCGUUCGGUCAAGACAGCACCUUCAGGAGCUACCCACAACAACAGCCAAGACGCAGAAAUUCAUAGCGUGGGAACUGAUCGUCGAGCGUAAGUGUACAGCGCUGGUUGCUGCUUUGGCAGCGAGCACAUGACACCUCUUUCCUUUCCGUGCUGUCAAUGCGCCUCGUUGUUUACACCCUUCUCAAUUUACGUAAACCCAGCGACAGCAUUAUAGUACUAGUGGACCUACUUGUUCCGCAAUCAGUAGCAGUCAUAAUAAUAAUAAUAAUGAUUGUAUUGUUGCUCCUCGAAGCUCCUCUACCAAAAUAUUGAAAGAAAAAAAGUCGAAAAAAAGAGUUCGGCACGUUUCACUCCAUAUUGUAUACAGGAUGGUUUGGCUUGUCUUGUCCGUUUUGCUCCUACGUUUUGGCUUGGCAGCAUUCGUGUUCUGUUGUUGCUGUCAGCUCCACUUAGUUACGUAGUCACGUGUCUAUGUUGUAACAGAGACUCAGCAGUCCUUACAGAGAUGAAAAACGAAAAAAACCCAUUGGUGGAUAUGUGUUCACAAUUUGAUUUUGUCAUAAUUAUGUAGUUGAAAGAUUUGUGUUGUAGCACUGGGCCAUGAAGAAUGCUGACAACUGUCUUGAUUGUCUGAAAGGACGAUACCACUGUUACUGUCUGCAAUCAUUUGCCACUUCUAAGGGUUAUUACUAUGAGUGUUAUUUUCUGUUAACGGGUUGAUGGACAAUGAACUGCAGUGUGUUUAUGUAACUCUUUGCGUAACACCUUCCUCAGAUGCACUAAAGGAUGAUUUUAGCGUGGCUUAGGGACUGCUUUCAAGUCUGGUGUUUUUCUCAUUUUGUUUGUUUGUGUGGUGGUGGCAGCUGGAAUUUCAGAAUUUUUUGCUUAAUUAUGAAUCCCUCCAUUCUUUUUAUGUUUCCCGAUUCAAAUCUCAUUCUACCAUUUCGAUUUAUUUUGCAGAAAAUGCGACCGAGACCAUAAGAUCCAUCUAUUCGUUCUACAUUUUUCUAUCUGUGUAAUGCUGUGAUUUCCACUUUAAAUUAAGUUUUGUUAUUCCUGUUUUCUAUUUUGUGAUGGAGCAGUGUUACAUUGUACGUGGACUACCAGUAGGUCAUCAUUAAGGUUUGUUAUAUGCUGUUGUUUCGGGUGGAGUAAGUCAUCACUUCUUA